AUGAGAUUGGUAUGCCUAUUAAGGUGUAUCUUGGCAGCACGUUUAAUUCCAUGGACUUUCGGAUUGCCAUCAUCUCUAACUUCCGAGAUAUUGCAACCUUUAACCCCUAUAGUACCACCACAUUGCACAAAAACUUCUGUCAUCAAAUCUAUGCUUUCACAUGCAUCCGGUGAUAAUCUGAUCCGUAUCACACAAAUGAAUAUUCGUAUCGGUCUUCAAAAUACCGCUUGUUUUCGAUUAGAAAAUAAAACCAAUGAUAGAGAUUCAUUAUUCAUUGAUGUUCUCAACGCAAGAAGUUAUGAUCAAGGAUGGUUACAUACAUUAACAUUAUCUCAACUAGAGCAUCAUCAUCCAAUUUCUCAACAGUAUGAAUUUGCAAUUCCGGAAGUACGAACAUCUUGUAUUUGUGAAUGUGAUAUUAAUUCGGAUAUUUGCUCCGCCAGGACAUAUUCCUUUACUCAUUGCGCCUAUAAUAAUAACACACAAUCAUUACAAGAAAAUUGUUUUCGAACGUUUCAUCCAAAUCAGGCAGAUACUGGAUGUUUACCUGGCAGUCAGUCUAAGCUAUGCUGCGAGAUAAGUUUCACACCAUAUCAAAAUAAAUCAUAUAUUGCGAUGAAAUUAGAACAACCGACGACAUUUGUUACUUUCAAAUAUGUUGCAUAUGAUUAUACAGCUGGUCGAUGGAUUGAAAAGGAUAAAAAUACUAUUCGAGUUGAAAUUGAUGGUCAAACACAAUGGCUUUUUUUGGAUAGGUGGCAAAGAUUGGAAUUAGGAGUAAGUGCGGGUGGACGAGCCAGUCAUCAGCUUGAAAGUGGCAUGUAUUUUGCUUCAAAUAAUCCUAACGGUAAAAUGGAUGAUUUGCGACAACAAAUAAUUAAUGAAAUUAAUGAGAACAAUUUCGAGAAACUAGGCUGGUUUCGUAAGGAUGCAUUGGGACAUUUUACUAUACGAAAUGGGAAAGUUAAAAUACAACGGAUGCAUUUGGGGAAAGUAGAAAAUUGUAAGGAUCAAAAAUCACAGAGUUUUCUUGAUGCUCAUCAUUAUGUUGAUUUCAAUGAUCCUGAGAAUCCGGAACGUUUUGUGCUUGAAGCACCUGUGGAACGGAUCUAUCCAUGGAUAAGAAGUGCUAAAGUUACUGAUGGAUCGGGACGCCAUGUUGUAAUAACACAUUCUGAGGGUACCAAUGUAGAAGUUGCACUGCAACUUCACGAAGAAACAUACAGUUUGUCAUUUGUGCAUGACUUUUCCAAAAUGGAUGAUUUUUCGGGUACUGUAAUUGUUGAUUUCAAAUCGAAUCGUUUCUUUAAUCUAACUGUAUACAAUGCUACCGGUAUUAUACAUGGUGCCGUAAAAAAGACUAUAGAUAAAAGUAGUACGGAUGAAUUUCACUUCACAACUUAUAUUGGUGAUAUGCGAGGUGCCAAUAAAACUCUUAUCAUACCCCUCCCCGCAUUAAUCGAUGGUGGAGAUCGAAUGAUUUGUCUUUAUGCUGAUAAUGAUAAUUCCAGUGACGAAAAAAUCUGUCGAAUUAUUGCGUUUAAAGAAGUUGCUCUUGAAAUUAAUUUGCUGGAAAAUACUUGGAAAGAAAUUGAUGGUCAUUGUCCAGAAUGUAAUAAAUUAACAGUGGGAGGUUUUUUAAGCAAUUUCAAUCCUGUCAAUUGGGCUAACGAUGUGCCUUAUGUUUUCCAACGGGUUCAUCAUGUUGUAGCUUUAGUUCAUCAAGAUGUAAAUCAAAGAAUGCGCAACAUCAUUAAAGCACCUAAACCUAAAAAUUAUUUGCUGUAUAUUUUAAUGUGA